AUGAUGACUUUGAUCAGUUUGAUAAGCCUGGUGCAGAAAGGUCUUGGAGAAGAAGAGCUGGAGAUGACGACUGGGACAGUGAACUUGAUGAUGACUUGCUUGGAGAGGAUUUGCUAACUGGCAAAAAGAAUCAGUCAGACUUGUCAGAUGAAGAGCUGAAUGAUGAUCUUCUGCAAAGUGACAAUGAAGAGGAGCAAGAAUUUCGUGCUCAAGGUGUCACAGUUAGCCUCAGUGCUACGUCUGGCUUACUUACGUCAUACGAACUGUCUGAGACCAUCAAUGAUCCAUCAAUAGAACAUGAGUCUGAGUAUGACCACGGGGAAGAUGAAAUUGGUUAUGACAAAUCUGAAGCACCUGAAGUAUAUGCUUCAGAAUAUGCAGAGGAAGGACAUUAUGAAGGCAAUGAUCCUGAACUGACAGAAGACCAAAUAGAAUAUGGGGAAGAGCCUGGAGAAGAAGAUGAAGUGCUAGACCUUGAAAUCAAUGAACCCUUAGAUGAAUUUCCAGAUGAAGAUUACAUGCAGUCGUAUAAUGAGCAGGCAAUGGAAGAACAAGAAGAAUAUACAGCAGAUGAGGAGCUGGAAGAAUCUCAGACAAUGGCAAAUGAAUCAGAAGAGGCAGCUAUUGAAUCUCUGGAACUUCAAGAGGAAACAAAAGAAGAAUCUGAUGAAGAGGAGGAUGACGACGAAGAGUCUGGGCGAUUACGUUUCAAAACUGAACGGAAAGAAGGAACGAUAAUUAGGCUCUCAGAUGUGACAAGAGAAAGGAGAAACAUUCCAGAAACUUUGGAACUUUCUGCAGAAGCCAAAGCAGCAUUACUUGAAUUUGAAGAGAGGGAAAGGCAGCUUAAACAGGGACGGUAUGGCUCAAGGAGAGGAGGGCGAAGAGGAGGCUCUGUUAUGUGUCACGGAAUGGGAGAACAAAGGAGAGACAAUAAUGAUAGGGGACGAAUGAAGGAUCACAGGCCUGCACUGCUGCCAACCCAGCCAUCGACAAUGACUCAUUCACAGAGGUUAAUUCCAACACACCAGCAACCUGUUAGGAGUCUGUUCCAGCAGCACCAACAACAGCAACAGCACCAACAGCAGCAUCAACAGCAGCAGGAACAACAGCAGCAGCAGCAACAGUUACAAUCUUUGCUUCCUUUACAGCAUCAGCAUCAUUCUUCUCCUCCUCCAGGGCUACAUAUGCCCCCUCAGAUAGAAACACCUAGAAUAAUGAUGACUCCACCUCCAGUGACACCUCAGCAACCGAAGAACAUACACAUAAAUCCACAUUUCAAGGGGACAGUAGUGACGCCUGUACAAGUGCCCUUGCUGCCAGUUCCAGCCCAGCCAAGACCUGCUGUAGGACCCCAGAGAUUUCCUGGCCCUCCAGACUUUCAGCAGCAUACGCCUGGCCCAGUUCCUACCAACUUCUCCCAAGCCCCAAGGCUGCCAAUCCAGGACCAGUGGAGAGGGCCACCACCACCGCCACCACCACUCCCUCCUCCACCUCCUCAGGAAAGAGAUCCUUUCUUCAUAGCAGAUCCAAGGUUCCCAAGCCAUCACUUGUUUGAGCAGCGGAGCCCCCCACCACCGCCACCUCCCCCACUUCUUAAUAGUGCUCAUCCCGUCCCUACCCAAAGCCCGAUGCCGUUCGCCCAGCCGGCGCCAGCAUUUAACCAGCAGGGACAACAACCCGUGUUUCCCAGAGAGCGGCCAGUACGGCCCAACAUGCAGCCUCAAGGUCCCGUGGGGAUUCUCCACUUCAACCAGCCGCCCCGGCCCUUCACCCCUCGGAGGCAGCCGUUCCUACAGGCGCCGGGACAGCCCUUCCUCACCGCGCCCACCAUGCAG